AAAAAAAAAAGUUACAGAACACAUUAAAUUGCAAUCAAUGAUCCAUUUGUAGUUCUUUGCACCUCUCUAUAUAUAAGUACUUUUCCCUUCUACUAAACCAAACCAGAAGGUGGAGGGAAAAUAAAUCAAAGCCAAUUGAGAGUACUUUUUUCCUCUGCUUUUCUGUACUCAUUUAGCCAUCGGGGUUACUGAUACUUGACUGUUCUUUCCACUUAUUGCAUUUCAUUGGGGCCGGAAAGAAGGGGGGAUUGUAAGAAAAUCCUUUGCAGAAAAAUGGCUGCACUUUUGGCUACUUGGCCAUGGGAAACUUUGGGCAGCUUCAAGUAUGCAUUGUAUGGACCAUUUCUUGCGAAGAUUUUGUACACAAGGCAAGAAGAAGACAGAAGCCAGGCCAUCUGGUGUUUCCACAUUCUAAUGUUGUGUGUUCUUAGAUGUUUCAUGUAUCAAUCAUGGUCAUCUUUUACCAACAUGCUGUUUCUUACACGAAAUCGCCGCAUUCUCCAACAAGGUGUUGAUUUCAAGCAGAUUGAUCAAGAAUGGGAUUGGGAUAAUUUCAUCUUGCUUCAAGCUGGAUUAGCUACUUUGAUAUAUUACAUGUUCCCUGAUUUGGUUAAUCUUCCACUAUGGAAUACAAGAGGCUUCAUUGCUGUUGUUCUGCUUCAUAUCACAACCUCAGAGCCAUUGUAUUAUUUGACACACAAAUAUUUCCACGGAAACUACUUAUUCAACAAUUAUCAUUCACUUCAUCAUUCCUCCCCUGUUCCACAGCCCUUUACAGCUGGACAUCUCACAUUUCUUGAGCAUCUAAUUAUGGCUUGUGUAAUUGGAAUUCCAAUUCUGGGGGCAUGUUUUCUUGGGUUUGGAUCAGUGAUGAUGAUCUACACGUAUGUAUUGAUGUUUGAUUUCCUCAGAAGCUUAGGACAUUGCAACAUUGAGAUUGUCCCACAUCAGUUGUUUGAAAUUUUCCCAUUCUUACGAUACCUCCUGUACACUCCAACAUAUCAUAGUCUUCAUCACACGGAGAUGUCAACCAACUUUUGCCUUUUUAUGCCACUUUUUGAUCUUCUGGGAAAGACCCUUAACCCCAAAUCAUGGGAAAUGCACAAGCAAUUCAGUAUCAAUGCAGGUAAGAAUGGGAGGAUUCCAGAUUUUGUGUUCUUAGCUCAUGUAGUGGAUAUGACUUCAGCGUUGCACGCAGCUUUCGUAUUCAGAUCAUAUGGGUCAAUGCCAUUUACUACCAGACUUGUCAUACUCCCUUUCCUGCCAAUCUGUUUCAUCGUCAUGCUCUUCAUGUGGGCCAAAUCUAAGACCUUUUUGGUCUCUUUUUACAACAUCAGAGGCCGGUUGCAUCAAACUUGGUCUGUUCCUCGCUUCGGGUUUCAGUAUUUUUUACCAUUUGCAGCUGAUGGGAUUAACAAACACAUAGAAGAAGCCAUUCUAAGAGCUGAUAGAUUGGGAGUCAAAGUUAUCAGCCUUGCUGCACUGAAUAAGAAUGAGGCACUGAAUGGAGGCGGUACGCUGUUCGUGAACAAGCAUCCAAACCUUAGAGUUAGAGUAGUUCAUGGAAAUACAUUAACAGCAGCUGUGAUCCUUAAUGAGAUACCUGAGGAUGUGACUGAAGUGUUUUUAACUGGAGCCACUUCUAAACUUGGAAGAGCUAUUGCACUUUACCUUUCCAAGAAAAGGGUUCGAGUUCUGAUGCUGACUUCUUCAACAGAAAGGUUCCUGAAGAUUCAGAGAGAAGCCCCUGCAGAUUAUCAGAAGUAUCUAGUCCAAGUUACUAAGUACCAAGCUGCUCAGAACUGCAAGACAUGGAUAGUUGGGAAGUGGAUUACACCAAGGGAGCAAAGCUUUGCACCACCAGGAGCACACUUCCAUCAGUUUGUGGUUCCACCGAUUUUGAGGUUCCGAAGAGACUGCACAUAUGGUGAUCUUGCUGCAAUGAGGCUACCUGAAGAUGUUGAAGGUCUAGGAUCGUGUGAGGUAAGAAAUGAAUCAUAUUGCUUAUUAUUUGUUGGUCAAUUAUUAAAACUCGACAGAACAAAUUGACUCAAUCGAACCCUAAAUCUCGCGGUUACAGUACACCAUGGACAGAGGAGUAGUACAUGCAUGCCAUGCUGGUGGAGUGGUUCAUUCGCUGGAAGGAUGGAGUCACCAUGAGGUUGGAGCAAUUGAUGUAGAUAGAAUUGAUUUAGUGUGGAAUGCAGCAUUGAAGCAUGGACUUAAACCAGUUUCAAGUGUGAAGCAAUUGGUUUAGAAUUAUUAUUAGAAUUCAAAACAGGCAAAAACCAAAUUGGUUUUGGGGAAAAUUUCUGGAUUGCCAAUUAUUAUAGAUAUGCAGGUGACACUGUUUUGUUCAAGUUAAUCACUAUACAAAUUCAAUUGAAAAUCCCUCUUCUUGGGGGAAGAAAAAAAGAGAGAAAUUAUUAACUAUUUUUACUGUUUCAUUGGUAUUGUAAAUUGAAAUAAUUAGUGAAUGAACAAGUCUCAAUCUUGCUUUGGUUGCUUGAAUAACACAAAGGGAGUCUGUGAUUCCUA